CGCAUCUUGCGAAUCUCGGGUCUCGAUUACUUCAGCAUCGAUCAUACAUCAUUCGAUCACCACGAGCCGCGAUCCGCCAUCUUGAGACUUGGACGCUGAGCCAUUCAACCCUCUUCCACACUUACUUCACACCCGCAGCCUGGUGAUUCCGACCCAAGGAAAUCUCGCUAUACCUCUUUGCGCGCAUCAAAAAAAAAAAUGGCUUCAUCAUCGAGUUCAGCAACUCCUCUCCUCUACUCCUGCAUCGCCCACAAUACCACCAUCCUAGCCGAGUGCACCACCUCCGCCUCGUCCCAGACCUCCUCCCUCGCCUCGCUGAUUCUCCCCAAGAUUGACCACUCGACUCCUCAAAAGCUCACCUACACCCAUGGCUCCUACCACAUCCACUACAUGUCCGAGUCGCCCUCGGACUGGACGUCGCAGCCCUCUGCCUCCUCCGCGGGGGGGCUCACCUUCUUGGUCGUAGCCGACUCCUCCCUAGGGCGCCGCAUCCCCUUCGGUUUCUUGGUGGAAGUCCGCAAGCGCUUUCUAGCCCAAUACCCGCCUGGGCCGACCAACGAUUUCUCGGACAUGCCCAACUACGGCACGGCCUCGUUCAACUCGGAGCUCAAGACGCUCAUGGUCGACUACGGCACCACGGGCCAGGGACAAAACGAUGCAAUCACCAAUGCUAAGCGCGAGAUUGAGGAUGUGAAGGGCAUCAUGACUAGGAACAUUGAGGGUCUGCUGGAGAGAGGCGAGAGGAUUGAUCUGUUGGUGGAUAAGACGGAUAGGUUGGGCGGCAGCGCGCGCGAGUUCCGGGUUAGGAGCAGGGGGCUCAAGCGCAAGAUGUGGUGGAAGAACGUGAAGCUGAUGGCGCUGUUGGCGCUGGUGGUGGUGUUGAUUGUGCUGUCGAUCGUGAUUGCGGUGAAGAACAGCUUGCCAUGAAGGAUUGGGUUGGGAGACCUAUUUAUGGGUGUCCGGUUGCCUGAGUGGACUUGGAUUUAAUGAGUGACGGGUUACGAAAAUACGGGGUCUCAUGUCGUUAUGGCUUUUUGCUGUUGUUGUUGUUACUUUGAUUUUGGCGUUUUCCGCAUUCUGUUCCUUUGCUAAUGUUUGCUCCGGUUAUAAUAUGUAGAGCCUGUAUCAUCGCUUUGUUAUCUAUCAGAUGCUCUUUCCUCUUC